AUGGCUUCAAGUUCAUCAUCUUUCCCAAGUUCUUCUAUUUCUUCUACCAGCAAAAGGACGUAUGAUGUUUUCCUGAGUUUCAGUGGUGAGGACACUCGCAAUACUGCUACGGACUUUAUAUAUUAUGCAUUAGUAGAGAAGGGCAUUAACACUUUUAAGGACGAUCAAAAACUUGAGAAAGGAAAAACUAUUAAACCAGAACUCCUCAGAGCGAUCAAAGAAUCCAAAUUUGCCAUAGUCAUUCUCUCAGAAAAUUAUGCAUUUUCCACUUGGUGCUUAGAUGAACUUGUAGAGAUCAUUGACUGCGAGACAAAAAAGGAAAUAACAGUUUUCCCUAUUUUUUACAAUGUGGAUCCAUCUGAUGUGCGAAAACAAAUAGGAACUUUUUCACUUGUUAAACAUGAAAAACAUUUCAAGGAGAAGGUGGAAACAUGGAAAGCUACUUUGAGUCAUGUGGCCGAUCUUGCCGGAUAUCAUGUAAAGAAUAGCAUUUUGACUGCACAAGCAGAACAACUGGCCUCUCGUUGUUAUUCAUCUGUGGGACCCACUAUAAUAAAAAAAGUGAAGAUACAAUUGCCUGGGUCUGGGUCAGGGUCAGGGUGUGAUGAGUGGUGGGGAAUUGUUUUGUGCAUUGUUUUUAAACCCACCGAGGAGCGUAAUCAUGAUUACCAACUGGACUAUCUCUUUGAAGUGGAUGAAUGCCUAAUGACUUAUUACGCAUUUGGACUUGGAGACCCUACUUUUUUUAUUAAAAUUACGGCAGAAUAUGGAGGGGAAUGGUCUCGUACAUAUUAUACGUCAGAAUAUGUUAAAGUGGAAUCGCAUCAUCUUUGGCUGCAUAGUCUGUCCAAGGAAUGUUUACUUCCAACAGAGAUUGAUAAUAAGCGAUUCCAUGAAGUUGAGCUUGAAAUAGAGACCGGGCGCAUGGAGGUGGAGAAAAUUGGGCUUCGUGUGGUAUAA